UGGGCCGCGGCAACUCGCUCCAAGUUCCCUCCCUCGCGCUCCGCGAAGCCCGCCUGAGCCCUCCCACUCGGUGCAGACCGAACCAUCGCGGCCGCCGCCGGCCGGGCCCUCCACGGCCUUGCGUCCCGGGCCGCCUCGGCUCGCGCGGGCAGCUCCGUAUCCGUGGCCCCGCGGAGGCGGCGCGAGGACUCGGCGGCCCCCGCGGCCCGCGCUCGGCCCUCCGGCGGCGCCGGCGGCCCGGACCCCGCGUGUGGCGGGCCCGACCUUCCUACCCGUCGUCCCCGGGAGCUUGGCGCCCGGCCGCGGACCGCACCGCCCGGGGCCGGGGAGCGCGGCCGAGGAGGCGCGGUGAUUGGCAUGUGCUAGCCUAAAAGGGAACGUGCCCGGCGAAGUUUUCCUGAGGAAGGUCAUCCCCGAGCUGAGUCACAUCUACCUCCCUAAGAAAUCCCCACUUGGGCAUCCAGAGCGCCUACCCUGUUCUUUCUGCAUCUUGAAUCGAGCGUUAACAGGACACUAAGGUCUGAAGGGGAAAUAAAAGAUAUUACAUGCUGCAGAGAGUAGCUUAAGGUAGAAAGGAUUCCCUGUGACUUCUGCCUACCGUCCAUAAAAUACUCAUUCCUCUUUCAACUCUGCCUGCAGUCGAACACAAAGACCUGGAGGAGACUCCCACGUCGUUCGGGGAGAAGAAAGGAGGCGGCCGGGCGCAGCAGAGGAACUCGUGGCUCGUGGCCUUCCGGAGAGGGGGGCGAGCGGAUCCGAGGCGGGGGGCGCGGGGGGCGGUCGGCGAGCCGUGAGAUGCGGCGCCGCCGCCGCUGCUGCUGCUGCUGCUGCUGACGACACCCAGACCCCAGGCUCCGUGCGCCGCCCUGCGUGCUUCAUGUACAUGUGUCUGCCCCGCGCACCCGGAGGCGCCCAGACGAGAAUCCAACACGGCUGCCGGGGAGAGGCCACCCACCAUGCCCACGGAGACGCUCCAGACAGGUAGCAUGGUGAAGCCGGUCAGCCCCGCGGGCACCUUCACCUCGGCCGUGCCCCUGCGCAUCCUCAACAAAGGCCCCGACUACUUCCGCAGGCAGGCCGAGCCCAACCCCAAGAGACUCAGCGCCGUGGAGAGGCUGGAGGCCGACAAGGCCAAGUACGUCAAGAGCCAGGAGGUCAUCAACGCCAAGCAGGAGCCCGUGAAGCCGGCCGUGCUGGCCAAGCCGCCCGUGUGCCCCGCCGCCAAGCGCGCCCUGGGCAGCCCGACGCUCCGCGUGUUCGGCGGCCACGCCAAGACCGAGAGCGGCGUGCAGAGGGAGACCCUGAAGCUCGAGAUCCUGAAGAACAUCAUCAACAGCUCGGAGGGCUCCAGCUCGGGCUCGGGGCACAAGCACAGCGCCCGGAACUGGCCGCCCCACCGGCCGGACUCCGCCGACCUGCAGCGGCACUCGUUCGCCGAGUCCCUGAAGGUGUACCCCACGCAGGGCCGCGGCAGCCCGCAGGAGGGUGGCUCCCACGGGGGCCGGCGGCUGCUGGAGCCGGCGGCCGAGUCCUUCCUCCACGUCUCGCACAGCUCCUCGGACAUCCGCAGGGUGACCAGCGCGAAGCCCUUGAAAGCGAUCCCCUGCAGCAGCUCCGCGCCCCCCCUGCCUCCCAAGCCCAAGGUCGCGGCCGCGGCCACCGCGAAGUCCCCCGAGGCCGACGCGGUGGAACCGGCCUGCGGCGUCAGCCGGAGGCCCUCGCUCCAGCGGUCCAAGUCGGACUUGAGCGACCGGUAUUUCCGGGUGGACGCGGACGUGGAGAGGUUCUUCAACUACUGCGGACUGGACCCCGAGGAGCUGGAGAACCUCGGCAUGGAAAACUUUGCCCGGGCCAACUCCGACAUCAUAUCCCUCAACUUCCGCAGCGCAAGCAUGAUCAGCUCAGACUGCGAACAGUCUCAGGACAGUAACAGUGACCUUAGGAAUGACGACAGUGCCAAUGACCGGGUGCCAUACGGCAUCUCUGCCAUCGAAAGAAACGCGAGGAUCAUCAAGUGGUUGUAUAGCAUCAAACAAGCCAGAGAGUCACAGAAGGUCUCCCACGUGUAAGACAGAAAGGCCGUGCGAAGGAGGGAGGGGUGGGUCUCUGUGCAUCCGCAGUCGUGAAGGGUGUGAGGUCUCCUUGAAGUGUUGUGAGCUUCUCCACUCUCUUUGUGUUGCUUGUUGUGCAAUGUUUCCAAGUUGCAUGCCUGUAACAUGGGGACCGACCCGGCUUCCACGUCCACCAUCGCUGCAGAGCCCGGCUGAACGCACGUCACCUGCCAAGAGUUUGCGGCCAGAAUCCAGAAUCCAACUAGGGCUUCGAUCUUUUGAGCAAAACUGUUUACACGAAAAACGGUAGACAACUUCUUCGAUAUUUAUGUGGUUCUUGUGUUUUUCUAUCCCGCGCUAUUGUGUCUUAAUUAAAAAUCUUAUCCACUGGCUUUUAAGUUGAGAGGAGAACCGUUUCGAAGUGAAAAGCCAAUUUGCCCACACGCGAGACCCAUACAGUGGGGAAGGAAAUGGGAUCUGCUACCAAACGGAUAACAGUGACUGACCUGAGUGAGAGAACCAGGCUGGGUUUUCUGAGGAAGAAAAGCGGUGAGCCUGAUGUUAAGCGUUCGCGUAUUGGAAUUCUCCUGCCACUCGUUAAAGUAAUGGGGCAACUGUGCUACGUUCUGUGUCCGACUCCGUGUGUAAAAUGUUGGUGCUUCUGUGUAAUACUGACCCCGAGGAAAGACAAUCAGAUACAACGAGGGCGAUUAAAUCUAGGAGUCCGGGGGUUGGGGGUUUUGUUGAUGUUCUGAUUUGGGUUGAUUCCAAAAUUCCUACUAUUAAUCUUUUGAUGGGAAUGGCCAUCCUAAAGCUGAUACUAAAUGUCUUAAAAAACAAAACAAAACAAAAAGGUUUUUGAUCAAGAACUGAUUCUGUGCUGAUUCUCUUCCCUCUCUCCUCCCCUUCCUGCGUUGUUGUUUUAUUUGGGAGAGGGGGGUGGGGCUUGCGCAGGUUUGAGUUCUCUGAAGACAUAAACACAAAUGGAAAUACCAGCCAUAUCAGUAUAGAGCCUCCCAUGCAGAAGUGAAUACCUUCCGUAGCUGAACCGUAUCCGAGCAGUGCGAUUGUGUUGUCUUGCCUAUGUUAUUCUCUCAGGCUGUGGACCUUUGUCACAGCUCUAGGAAACUGUAGAGACAUGAUGCCAUGUAGCUUCCCAACCCCCCCCCCCCGCCCCCCUCCCCGCCUUUGGUCUCUAGUGCUGCCUAUCAACUUGUUCCCUGUUUUCCCCAGUAACCUGUCCCGCAGGUGGUUAGUUAGCUGUGGACCAGCUGAUAGUCGCGGUGCGGUCGCAGAGAGGUAAACUUGUGGCAGUCUGCUUCAUUGCUCUGUACUCAUGCCCCGAAGUUCUCAGCAGCAGUACCUUAGACUUCAUCGGCUAAUGGGAAACUUUUUAUGGUGUAAAUGCUGUAAGACUUUGUACAUACUUCAGUUGUUAUGAAAUCUUUAAGAAACAAAAAAAAGUUACGCUAAUAAAUAGCUCUGGUGCAGGCA